UCUAAAUUUUUAUAGGUAUAGAUAAUCAGAAUCUCUCUCUAUGAUAACUUUAUUAAAUCAUUAGCUUCAUAACUGAAUCAAUUUCGCAUCUGUUCCCUAUCAUGAUUAUUAAACGGCGUUCCGUGGCAGUGACAGAAAUUUAUGGUCACCUCAUUACCACCGUUUAGUGGUAGCGUCUCGCACUACGAGAUCAUUAAAAGCUCCUUCCAGAGAUGCAUAUGCUUGCCAAGAUCCGCCCAGAAGUUCAUACGAUUGGUUGAUCUCAUGAUGAUGUUGAGAGCACGUGGCUUCAAGAUACCGCCUCGAAGAACGAAGAAUUUGACUUGAGUGCCAAAAAAAUAUUGUUGGACACCGUGAGUAACCCCGACAAAACAGUCGAUGGUUUCGGCUCUAAUCUCUUGAACAGAUCAGGGGGUACCGAUGUAACCAGCCUUAUUCGUUCAAUUAUGCUGAUUCGUUCAAUUAUCAAUGGUACUCUUUUUUCAUAUUUAAUUUUUAAUUCAAGUGCAGUGUAUUAUACAUAUAGUAUAAAUAUAAAUGCUACAGUGAGAUAUUAAAAUCUUGUGAUCACACUUUAGUGAAGUUUUAUCGUUUAUUAAUUGAUCUUUGGAGUAUCGAUCAGUGUAAACUGAUCUUUCUUUUAAACGUGAUGAAUGAGAAGAGAUCGAAGAUUGACAUGAAAGAAAUUAAAAGUACAUAUAAUCUUUGAAGAAUUAAUAACAAUUAAAGAAAGAAUCCAAUGUACGCGGGUAUUCAUUUGAGAGUAUCAUCGAUUUUUUUUAUAAAUGUGAUUAAAUAUUUUAAGCAUUGUUUUAACGAAACGAAUUCAAGAUGUCCGAUGAACAGCUUAAAAAAUCUGAAUCGUCGAAGAAAGCAAAUGAUUCUGCGGAAAAUUCGAGGAUAUGUUCUUUUAGUAUCGAGAGAUUAUUAGCACCAAGCAAGAAAAAUGAAGAAGAGAAUAAGUUUGCAGAAAUCGAUUUGUCACUACUUUGCCAGGAAAGUAAUGAAUCGGAGACGAGAAUGCUUGUUGCACCCGAUUCAUCCAUGUCAAUGGCGGAAGAAAUUGAGCUUGACGAUACCGACAUGGUGUGCUCGACAUCUCCCGAGCCAGAGAUGUAUUAUGAAGCGUGCACCAGCAGUAGUGGUGCGAAUUCGACCACGGACAGAGAUACUCAAGAAAAGACCGCCGCCGCUAUUAGUGACGACGAAAGGAAGAAAAGGCCACGCACGGCAUUCACCGCUGCACAAAUUAAAUCUUUGGAGGCGGAAUUUGAAAGGAACAAGUACUUGAGCGUGGCAAAGCGGCUGCAACUGAGCAAAAACUUGAAGCUUACGGAAACGCAAAUAAAGAUAUGGUUUCAAAAUAGACGGACCAAAUGGAAAAGAAAGUACACUAAUGAUGUUGAAUUAUUGGCUCAACAAUAUUACUCGAGUCUAGGAAUUCCAGCGCCACGACCUAUUUUCGUUGGUGAUCGCUUAUGGUUCUUCAAUUAUCCGGGGCAACCACAACCGGGAGUAUCAUUGAUUCCACAACAUUUAACACCGUUACCUUUACCUCCUGCGUUACCCAUUGUUCAACCAUUGCCUAGCAAUUUGUCAGUGAGACAACAAACGUCUAUUUUUCAUAAUAUACCGACUAAUCAUCUUGCGCACAAUCUUAUUCAAAGAUUGGACUUCAGGCAUCAGCACGAUCCUUAGUUUCAGGUAAAUAAAUUGUCAGUGAUAGAUAAUAUAAAAUGUUAACAAUUAAAUCAUUUAACAUGCAAUAUGAUAUUAAAU